CCCUGGCUAGUUAAGAAUGGCAAAGCUGGCGUGCCUUCUGUGAUUUCGUGGACAACCAGCUGCAGCGGGCCGGCCCAUCUCCCCGUGUUCAUCUCAACUCUCAAUGGGUACCGUUUUUAAUUUAUACCUAUCCCACCCCUCCUUCUCUGCAAUUUUCUUUUUGACUUUUGCUAUUUUUUCUCCUUGCUGCAUCCAUACGACAUGUCCUAAAAUCGGAAAAUGGUGAGCUAGCCAGCAAAACAGCAGAAUUUUCAAAACCUGUGGACCGCACCGCCGCCUAGCUUGUUACUGACUUGGUUGACACAAAUCUCAAGAAGAAAACCUCACCCAUGCAUAUGCCAACUCCAUUCAAACGGCUUUGAAGACGAACCGCCCCUCCCCCGGCCCCCGGGCUUGCAGGAACGUCGUGAUCCUCGACAUCCUUGAUUGUUCCAUGCCCCCCCUUUUUCCUCAUCGUUGGCAAGUUUCCUGUGACUCUGCUGUCCUGUGUUACUUUAUAGCGAGCUUCGUUUCCAUGAUAUAUAUAUAUAUACAUAUACAUAUAUAUAAAUAUCUUUAUAUAUUCGCCCGUCCAGAAUUGAAAAUUCUCACAAACCCAGACAAAAACCAGCCCUUUUCGACCAAAGACAUUUUUCCCACCUCUACUACAAAUUGUUUAUUAUACGAACACCACAUACGUCGUUUUCGACUGUUUGCUUUUUCCAUUAUUAUUUAGAUUCGAGCUAUAGCGUUCACCACAGUGAGUUAUAUCACCUUUCCCGUCCUACGAGGAGUGCUUGUGGGGUUGAGCCACGGCUGUCCAGACAUAAGCCGAUACUAAUAUGAACCCUUUCUCUCUCUGCCCUCAGGACCAUGGCUUCCAACGGUGGUACUGCUCGUGUGUCAUGGCAAGAGAAGCUCAGUGAGCACUGCAGACAGUCGAAACUCCAAGCUCCCGUCUUCAAUCUCGUCUCGGACCGCCGAGGUAGCUAUUUUACUAUUUACCCUCUCUUCUAGCCUCGAACGCCUUCUCUUUCCGCUUAUUUCUCUCCUAUAUACACGUCUAUAUGUGUAUAUGACCCUCCUGUUUUCCAUACAAGAUAGCACGACCCGGUCACCCAACAGACUCUUCUUUUUCCCUAAAAUUUGGUGACAAAAAAGAGACGAACUUCCAAGUUAACUCUCUUCUUCUUCCUCCUUCUUCCAGGCGGCCGCACAGCAUGGUCUAGCAGCGUGAGCAUCCAGGGAUCGAGCUUUUCAGCCCGCUACUUCUAUGCUGGAGAAUACAUCAACAACGCCAAAGAGGACGCAGCCGAAGUGGCCUUUACCCAGCUGAACUCGCAGCCUCGGUUGGCUACCGCCCUGCCGGGACAGCUGUAUGCGCAGCAAAAGUAGCCACGAUGUCGGGGCUUUUUUAUUCGGUGUCCCUAGGAGCGCCCACUAUCACUGCGUUUUUGUGGCGCUAGCGGGAGCUCAAGGGGUGGCUGGACGGGUGUUGAUCUUACACCAUAAACUAUUUGGUUGCUCAACGUCUGCUGGGCACCGUUACGGAAUGAUUUACGGAUUAUGUCCUCUUACUUUUUUUCUUCUUAUUCCAUUACGCAACACCCUGAACCAUGAGGAUGCUGUCCUCGGUGUACGUUUUCAGAGACGUUAUUUCGAUGCUAUUGACGUUCUUAUUGGCAUUUAUUUGGAUAUAUAUAUAUACAACCGAGCCUUGGGAAGGUAGGUGUAUAAAACAGUUCGGGCAUUGCUUUUGCAAUUAUUAUUAUUAUUACCUUUAUUUUGGCAGGAAAUUGGCGGCUAUUUCAUUUAACUCCCACUGACUUCUUAUAUUUUCACUGACCCUUUAACUGAACCCCCUUUUCUUUUUCUGCGUCUCUUUCUGACUCUUACCUGCCUGUCUUGUCCCCUC